AUUGUGUUGGUGUCUGUCUCUCCCUUUAGGUCUGAUAAUAUUUGCUUUAUAUAUCUGGGUGCUCUGCUGUUGGGAAUGCCAGAAAAAGAUCCCAAGCUUACUGGAUGCAUUAGGUUAUCUGUUUGGAUCCCAGUGGUCGAGAAAGAAAUGUGGGUAAUAACCAGCUAGUGGUGAAGAAAAAAGGAACUCAAGGAGAUAUGAGAGCUGUUAAUUCUCCCCUGGACAUUUCCUCAAGACUAGUUUACUUGGAAAGCCUUAAGUUUCUCUAGUAGCUGCAGGAUCUACAUCGGGAGCUGACAAGUUUCCUCUCUGAUUCGGAGGCAUGGAUCUCUGUUGAAGUCUCCCUAGGAAUACCUGCAAGUGUAGAAAUCUCAGUAGCAACACUGCAUCCGUUCUGAGGUUUGGCCUGCUUUCCUUCCAACAUCACACAUUAUAAUUGAGGGUUGAUUGUUCAUCUCAUGCCUCCACUGAUGUGGCUGGUGGUCACUCUGAACGCUUCAACUUCAAUUAAAAAUAACCCAUGCUUCCCGCACCCGCCAGCCAAAAACAGAAAUGCUGGAAAAAUCGCCGUUUUCUUCCUCCUACCAUUUGGAAUUGAAGAUUGUAAGGCAUUUGAAUCUAUGACAUUGUUGAAAAUCAGUUUUAAUAAGGAAUAUAAUGAAUGUUUUAUUUUCUUGUGAGAGGCUUGAGAAUGUUCCUCUUUAAGCUGAGUAUGCUCCUUGUCCUAAAUAAUACCCAUUUGUCCAAAAGUUGCCUUUAACCCAAAAGAGACAAGCCAAGACAGAAAAAUAGAUAGGAAGUGUACCAGUUCUGUCCCUUGUUGGGGGGAGAAAAUAGCAACGGGAGCAAAAAGGGGAAAUAAAGGAGAGCGGUGGCCACGUAUCGACAGGAGACACAGCUUCACAAAAUGAAUAAAAGAAACCCUGGCCUGGAAAUAGAAUUUUUCCAACACGUGCAUGGGAGUUCUUCUAGAGUAGUAGCUUGUAUCUUCCUCAGCUGGAGAAAUGUGUCCUGGAGACAGAACAGAAAGGCAGAAACUCUCCAGAUGCCUGAUGAUAAUGUCCAAGUUGUUAUCCCAAUGGCACAAAGAAACAUCAAUGGCCUACCUGGGGCAACCUCCAGUGACCUGAAGACGUUUACUGAAGGAGCCGUGUUAAGUUUUCAUAACAUCUGCUAUCGAGUAAAAGUGAAGAGUGGCUUUCUACCUCGUCGAAAAAUAGUUGAGAAAGAAAUACUAUCGAAUGUCAGUGGGAUCAUGAAGCCUGGCCUCAAUGCCAUUCUGGGACCCACGGGUGGAGGCAAAUCUUCGUUGUUAGAUGUCUUAGCUGCAAGGAAGGAUCCACGUGGAUUAUCUGGAGAUGUUUUGAUAAAUGGAGCACCUCAACCUGCCAAUUUCAAAUGUAAUUCAGGUUACGUUGUACAAGAUGAUGUCGUGAUGGGCACUUUGACGGUGAGAGAAAAUUUGCAGUUCUCAGCAGCUCUCCGGCUUUCAACAACUAUGACGAAUCAUGAAAAAAAUGAACGGAUUAACAGGGUUAUUCAAGAGUUAGGUCUGGAUAAAGUGGCAGAUGCCAAGGUUGGAACUCAGUUUACCCGUGGUGUGUCUGGAGGAGAAAGAAAAAGGACGAGUAUAGGAAUGGAGCUCAUCACUGAUCCUUCCAUCUUGUUCCUGGAUGAGCCCACAACUGGCUUAGACUCGAGCACAGCAAAUGCUGUCCUUUUGCUCCUGAAAAAGAUGUCUAAACAGGGACGAACAAUCAUCUUCUCCAUUCAUCAGCCUCGUUAUUCCAUCUUCAAGUUGUUCGAUAGCCUCACCUUGUUGGCCUCAGGAAGAUUAAUGUACCAUGGGCCUGCUCAGGAGGCCAUGGGGUUCUUUGCAUCAGCUGGUUACCACUGUGAGCCCUAUAAUAACCCUGCAGACUUCUUCCUGGACGUCAUUAAUGGAGAUUCCUCUGCUGUGAUACUAAACAAAGAGGAUGAUGAGGACUGUGAAGCCCCGGAGACUGAAGAGCCUUCCAAGAGAGAUAUGCCACUCAUAGCAAAAAUAGCUGAGUUUUAUGUUAACACCUCCUUCUACAGAGAAACAAGAGCUGAAUUAGAGAAACUCUCAGGGGGUGAGAAAAAGAAGAAGAGAUUAGCCUUCAAGGAGAUGACCUAUACCACCCCCUUCUGUCAUCAACUCAAAUGGAUUUCCAGGCGUUCAUUCAAAAAUUUACUGGGUAAUCCCCAGGCCUCUAUAGCACAGAUAAUCAUCACAGGCAUACUGGCACUGGUUAUAGGUGCGAUUUUCUUUGGGCUUCAAAAUGAUUAUGCUGGAAUCCAGAAUAGAGCGGGGGUACUCUUCUUCCUGACGACCAACCAGUGCUUCAGCAGCGUGUCUGCUGUGGAGCUCUUUGUGGUGGAGAAGAAGCUCUUUAUACAUGAGUAUAUCAGUGGAUACUACAGAGUGUCAUCUUAUUUCUUUGGAAAAGUGUUAUCUGAUUUACUACCCAUGAGGAUGUUACCAAGUAUUAUAUUUACUUGUAUAGUAUACUUUAUGUUAGGAUUGAAACCACGGGCAGAUGCCUUCUUUAUCAUGAUACUCACUCUUAUUAUGGUGGCUUAUGCGGCCAGCUCUAUGGCACUGGCCAUUGCAGCAGGUCAGAGUGUGGUAUCCGUAGCAACACUUCUCAUGACCAUCUCUUUCGUGUUUAUGAUGAUUUUUUCAGGCCUGUUGGUAAAUCUCACAACCAUUGCGGAUUGGCUCUCGUGGCUUCAGUACUUCAGCAUUCCUCGAUAUGGUUAUGCGGCUUUGCAGCAUAAUGAAUUUAUAGGACUAGUCUUCUGCCCAGAACCCAAUACAACAAACAGCAGCAAUGCAAUAUGUUCUGGUGAAGAGUAUUUGGAAAACCAAGGCAUCGAUAUCUCAUCUUGGGGCUUGUGGAGGAAUCAUGUGGCCUUGGCUUGUAUGAUUAUUAUCUUCCUGACAAUUGCCUACCUAAAAUUGUUAUUCCUUAAAAAAUAUUCUUAAAUUUCGCUUUAGUUUACUAUUGUUUAUCCUCACAUUAAA